UGCGACUUGCAUUCGGUUGACCCGACUUGCUGCACAUUGCCCCAGAUCGAUCGCCCCCUCCCUCCUCCAUCGACAGCUGAGCACCAAUGGCCAGCGAUACCGUUGCCGCCGAGCUGCGAGGCGUUGUUCGGAUCAAAGCACAGUAUCUCCAAGAGAGUAUCGAACUCGAGACCCCAAGCGCUCCCGCCAAACGCAAGGCCGACGAGGAGCCCCAGCCCGAGUCAGGCGAGCCCAAGGACGAUGCUGCAGCCCCAGCUACUGCCGACGACGAUGCUGACGAGCGCGGAUCCAGCACGGAUCGCAAGCCUUCCAAGGCCAAGUACCAGAACCCCAAGCACAAGAAGAAGCUCAAGGGCCAGAACAAGACCCGGCCCAUGACCUAUUCCCGGGACGAUCUGGAGCUGUGCGUAGACUUGUUCCAGGGCAAGCCGUGUCUGCGUGGCGAAAAGUGCCGCUUCACCCACAACAUCCAGGAAUAUUAUGCCGCCAAGGAGAAGGACAUUGGCCCCAACUGUCAUCUCUUUGACACCUUUGGAAAGUGCCCCUACGGCAUCAAGUGCCGCUUCGCGCAGGCCCACACGACGCCUGAUCUGACCGACGUCGUCGACGAGGCCAAGGCUGCAUCCGUGCCGCAGCUCAGCGAUCUCAUCAAGAACCGAGUGUCGAAGGAGACCCAGCGCCUCAUCCGCGAGAAGACCUACCCGACUCCAAAGUCUGACGAGUUCCUCGAGUGGAACAUCCAGGCUAAGAAGGAGAAACGCGCGCUCAUUGAUGUUGUUCUCGAGCGCCAGCGGAUCGUCAAGGAGCAGCAAGCUGCUGUCGUCGUCGCUGCUGGCGGUGCUGAUGCUUCGGAUACUUCGUCUCAAAAUCAAUCGGACCCUACCGAGCCCACCGCCAGGCUCGCGGCCGAUCCUGUGCCCAAGACCGAGUCUGGCUACAAUUUGGACGAUGAUCUCGGCGUCAACGACACAGAAGUCAAGAUCUUUGAUGCCGCCCUGGAAGAACACCGCCGCAAGCUCGCCCGCUUUGAGGCUGACUUUUGGGAGACCAAGCUACGCAAGGAGGAGAGAAAGCAGAUCGACUUCCGCGGCAAACUCUACGUCGCCCCUCUGACGACGGUCGGCAACCUCCCCUUCCGCCGUAUCUGCAAGCGCUUCGGGGCGGAUAUUACCUGCGGCGAGAUGGCCCUGGCGGGCAACCUGUUUUCAGGACAAAACACCGAGUGGAGUCUGGUUCGCCGGCACGUCUCUGAAGACAUCUUUGGCAUCCAAGUGACCGGCAACCAGGUCGAGCAGAUCGUCAAGAUUGCCGAGUUUGUCGAAAACGAGCUGGACGUGGACUUUGUGGACAUCAACAUGGGCUGUCCCGUCGACAGCGUUUGCAGCAUGGGCGCCGGCAGCCAGCUCAUGGAUCGGGCGACCAAGGUCGGUGAAUAUGUACGUGGCAUGAAGCACGUCAUGACCAAACCGGUGACUGUUAAGCUUCGCAUGGGUAUCGUCGACUACAAACCCACGGCUCACAAGCUGAUGCCCAAGCUGGUCAGCUGGGGCGUGGAUCACGUCACGCUGCACGGGCGGUCGAAGCAGCAGCGCUAUACCCGGGCUGCCGACUGGGAGUACAUUGGAGAGUGCGCCAAGCUCGCCGGAUCCUCCAUGUCGUUCUUUGGCAACGGAGACUGCAUGAACCAGGAAGAGUACUACCACAAUAUCGAACAGUACAAGGUGGACGGCGUCCUGCUGGGGCGAGGUGCUCUGAUCAAGCCAUGGCUCAUGACCGAGAUCAAGGAGCGCCGGACCUGGGACAUUUCCUCGCGCGAACGGCUCGACAUUCUCCGCGACUUUUGCAGCCAUGGCCUCGAGCACUGGGGCUCCGACACUCAGGGCGUCAACAAAACCCGACGGUUCUUGUGCGAGUGGAUGUCGUUCCUGUGUCGCUACGUUCCCGUCGGGCUCCUGGAGGUACUCCCGCAGCGUAUUGGUCAGCGACCCCCGCCAUUCGUCGGUCGCGACGACUUGGAGACAUUGAUGGGCAGCACGAACGCACAGGAUUGGGUCAAGAUCAGCGAGAUGCUGCUGGGUCCAGCCCCCGAAGACUUCAAGUUUGUUCCAAAACACAAAUCCAACUCGUACGAUCCCGAGGCCCAAGGCUGAAUAAGCCGGAUCUUUGGAAGCUUGCGCAGGCUCGGCCAGUCCGUAGAAUGUGGCAUUUCAAGGCGGUAACUGCUAUCGCAAAUGGCCGGCCGAGAUCGUUACUCUCAGCGCAUCACCGGCUUCGUCGCUCCCACUGGAGACCGCGAUCAGUCUCUGAAAACAUAUGCUGUGUAUGAACAAGAAUCAUCCCUCUACCCACUGGCUUUGUCUGCGCAAUCGAUUCCUGUCGCAGGCAGAUCGCUUCGAAAUAACACUUUAUUGCGCAUCG